AUGUGGCAUUAGCGGUCAGGACCUCACUGGGUUACUCUGCGUAGCUCUCUGAAUGAACACAGGACGGCACAGGAAACUUUAACACAAUUCCCGUUAAAGCAGAGUACGGUGUUGGCUGGGUCAGUGCCUUCAUAAAUUUUGAUCGCCGUGGAUUUGUUCAGUAUUUUUUCACCUGUCUCUCUCUCUCCCUCUCUCUCCCUCUCUCCCAGUGUCUCUUGUCUACAAUAGCAUAGUGGCGAGAUCUGCACAUUGCAGAAUUCCGUUGAUUGGUGAGACAAGCAAAGGGAAAACGGGAUCAAAGUUUGCUGACAUGCUGUGGCGAUCAGGUGCGCGGUGAAAAGUUGGGGGGGAGGGGGUCUGGCCGUGUUCUGCCGGCGGAAGAAUGAAGCACCUGGGAACUUUUUUCAGGUCUGGAAGACUCGUAUCCCUGUGAUUGAGUGCGUUCAUGUGGGGUUCAGGGAUGCUUGGUUGCGAGACAAGACCAAUCAUUUGUCUUGAUUCUCUGGGCUGAGAACAGGCUAACUGAGGGGGACGGAAUGAGCAAACCCCUCUAUCAAGACCUGAUCUAUUUCCCCAAACAAUUUAGUGUAUUCAUGAGGUUACGCUAAUGUGGAGGCAGCAAAAUUACCGUAAUCAAUUGAAACAGCGAGUGCGCAUCCAUGGCUCUGAUUAUUUGGAGAUCAUCUAUCAGCCUGAUGUCUAUGUAAGAAGGAAAGGGGGGCAUUGAAUUACUGUUGAGUUUCACUGAGAAGUCCAUGAUCAUUGGGCAAGGGAGUUUGGUCAGUGAUAAUAGGGCUCCUUGGUCGGGCGACGGAAGUAUUUCACCAAAUAUUAGAUAGCUGACUCUGCCCUGCUGAAAGGUGCUGUUUUGAAACUAAAACCCACACUGUCCAGACGAUCCGGUGUGCCGUGUUCUCUGUAAUCUCCUUUUUUACGACAAAGGAAAAAAGAGGCGGACAAGUUGCAGGUCCAAGAGGAUAAACUGAGCAUGGAGGUCAGGUACAACCAAGAGACGGAAGGGAUGGGGCUGAAGAAUGGACUAAAGAAGGGGAAAGAUGACAAGGACUCCCAGAGCACCUUGUCCAAAAGCUUUCUCAAGGACCAGCAGGACUCCUUUUCCCCUUCUGGGACCGUGGAAAACUGUGAGAAGAACAGGGGGAGCACGGGGGACCCGGACUACUGUCGGAGAAUACUAGUCCGAGAUGCUAAAGGCUCUAUCCGAGAGAUUAUCCUGCCGAAGGGUUUGGAUUUGGACCGGCCCAAGCGAACCCGCACGUCCUUCACUGCAGAGCAGCUGUACCGGUUAGAGAUGGAGUUUCAGAGGUGCCAGUAUGUGGUUGGGAGGGAACGGACAGAACUGGCCCGUCAGCUCAAUCUGUCUGAAACUCAAGUGAAGGUCUGGUUCCAGAACCGGCGCACUAAGCAGAAGAAGGACCAAGGGAAGGACUCUGAGCUGCGUUCAGUGGUUUCAGAAACAGCAGCAACCUGCAGUGUCCUCAGACUGCUAGAGCAAGGUCGGCUGCUGACGCCUCCGGGCUUGCCGGGCCUUCUGCCCCACUGUGGCAGCGGCACACUGAGCUCCGCCCUGCGCCCUCCCUCCAUGGCCAUGGCCAGCAACGGCAGCAGUAGCAGCAGCAGCAGCGGCAGCAGCAGUGGCACGGCGGGCAGCAGCCCUCCUCUACCUGCAGUCACUAGCUCAGGGACAGUGGCGGGCCUGCAGAGCUCACCAGCGGCUCACAGCCUCUUCAGCUUCCCUAUGCCCUCCUUACUCAGCGGCGUCGCCACCCGCAUUUCCUCCAACCACCUGUCCAUGGCUGGCUCACUGGCUGGCAACCUGCAGGAACUUUCUGCCCGCUACCUGAGCUCCUCUGCUUUUGAGCCUUACUCGCGGACCAAUGGCAAAGAAUCACUGGACAAGAAAAUUCUGGAAUGAUGCUUUGUUUUUACAUAGAUGGCUUCCUGUUUCGCCUGGACAUGUUUUCUUGGCUUUUACUGUCCUUGUUUGGUUUUGCUCAUCCUCUUUCAUCUGUCUAUGUCAUGUUCUGUAGCAGUUCAUGUAUUCCACUUGCACAUCUGGCACCUUGUUCAAGGAAGAAAACAAAUACACAAAACAAUCUCAUCUAACAAAGACAGGGUGGCAGUGGAAAGAUUUUGCCCAAAAUCUAUAUAUAGGACUUUGUUACAGAGAUUUAGAGAGACACAUUCUGAGGAGAUUACUGAGGGACCCUUCAGGUUUCUGUUAAACAAAUGUUUAGUCCUAUCUUUUAAUCUAAAAUAACAAUAUAUACAGGGGCCCAGAGAAUAUGGCUGCUUCAUAACACAAAAUAUCUAUUCCUCCAAGAGAAGUAGUACAUAGUGUAUAGGAAUGGUGACAGAAAGUGUAAAGUGCUGGUCCUUUCUAAAUUGUGCAUUAUUAUUUGAUUGUGUUGGGUAGAUGCAUGUCACUGCAGUGAGUAGAUGUAGAGACAGAAAGAGAGUUGUCAAACACCUGAGCAGCAGUUUGUUCUGUGAGAUCCAAUCAGCAAAUAAAAAAAUAAAUAAAAAUUGCAGCAUUAUGAAUGAACAAGCAAGGUCGAUUUCUCAACAUAGAAUUGGGGGAGAAAAAAGGGCCUCUGUUUGAAGGUCACUGCAAGGCCAGUGUCAGUACAAAACCCAAUGCAUCUGACGCGUGAAUGCAAUUUGCUUAUGCAGAUGCCUCGCAAAAAUUCAGUUUACAAAAAAGUCUUUUGUAUAUGUGUUUGUACUGAGUUUGGACCAAACCAAAACAUAAUCCAUAGACGGUGUUGUCAUACUGUAUGAUGGUUCAGUUGUUCAGUGUUGUUUUCUCUAUGGUUUAGUGAGGAUUUUAACAUUUUAUGACUAAAGUCUUCACUUUGUGGUUUUUCCGUCUUCAAGAUGCAGUACCUGACUUUUUUGUCUGUGAUUUAAAUACCACUGUGAGUUCUCAGAGUUUUGAUGUACAGGUUCUAUUUCAUGCAGGAGCAAGCGCAGGAAUGAGCUGCUGAAAGGGGGGAUUCUUGAAGAAAAGCUUUUCAGCAUUAGUAAGCUGCUUGCUUUGUUGAACACUACAAGGUAACAGGUUUUAUUAAGACAAUAUAAUAACCUUUCCUUCUUGUGUAAAAUUUUCAAAAUCCACAGCCUUCAUAAAAGAUUUAGGCAGAGCACUGCAUGUGGAGACUGAAUGGAAUUAUUGUAGUAUAAAAGUACUGGAAAUGGGAAACGUACCUUAAAAUUGUUAUUUUAUUGUAAAUUAUUCACUUCUGUAAGUAAUAGAUUAUUAGUAUAUCUGGAAAAUAAUGAAUGGAUGAAUGUAUUAGCAGGGUUGAGGAAUCAAUCAAAAGCUCUUUGGUGCUGUUGUUGUGAAAUAUCUUGGAAUUUGUG